CUUGUGCAACACAGCAGCAGGGCAGAGCCCGUUUUAUUCUUGCCUUUUUUGGAUCUGCACGCACACAGUCCUCAGCACAAUGGAGCCGGCUCUGCGAUAGCGCAGCGAGAUACGAGCAGCAGAAAUAAAGUCAUUGCGGCGCUGCUCGCCAAGGCUGCAAGUGCCGGCGAUCCACUCCCCGCGUGGCCGCUCCGCCGAUGGCGUGAUUCCCAAAGACUUGUACGUCCCAGGCAGGCCAGCGCCGCUCCCGCCCUCUGCCCUGCGGAGCGGCGGCGCUCCGGGAGCCGYCUGCAGCCGCAGCACGGCCGGAGCACAGCCCGCGGCUCCCCGAGGCAGCGCCGAGGCCCACCACGCUCCGGGGUCCCGAUCUGCUGCGCCGGGAAGUAACGGCCUCCCCAACUGAAGAUGUCUAACAAUGGAGUUGAAACAGAAGACAAACCACCUGCUCCUCCAAUGAGAAAUACCAGCACUAUGAUUGGAUCAGGAAGCAAAGAUCCUGGGACCUUAAACCAUGGCUCAAAACCUCUGCCUCCCAAUCCAGAAGAAAAGAAGAGGAAGGAUCGAUUUUAUCGAUCUAUUUUACCAGGAGAUAAAACUAAUAAGAAAAAAGAGAAAGAGCGGCCGGAGAUUUCCCUUCCUUCAGACUUUGAACACACAAUUCAUGUGGGGUUUGAUGCAGUCACGGGAGAAUUCACGGGAAUGCCAGAGCAAUGGGCACGUCUGCUGCAGACUUCCAACAUCACCAAAUCGGAGCAGAAGAAGAACCCUCAGGCAGUGCUGGAUGUGUUGGAGUUUUACAACUCCAAGAAGAUCUCCAACAGUCAGAAGUACAUGAGUUUCACAGAUAAAUCAGCAGAGGACUACAAUUCAUCUAAUACWUUGAAUGUGAAGGCUGUCUCUGAGACCCCUGCAGUACCCUCAGUGUCUGAAGAUGAAGACGAUGAAGAUGAUGCAGCUCCACCCCCUGUGAUAGCUCCRCGACCUGAACACACCAAAUCUAUAUACACCCGUUCUGUGAUAGACCCUCUUCCUCCUCCUACCAGAGAUGUGGCCACCUCUCCUAUUUCUUCUCCCUCGGAAAACAGCACGACAGCACCCGACAUGCUGGUCAGGAACACAGAGAAGCAAAAGAAAAAGCCAAAAAUGUCAGAUGAAGAGAUACUGGAAAAAUUAAGUAUUAUCGUCAGUGUGGGUGAUCCAAAAAAGAAGUACACUAAUUUUGAGAAGAUUGGACAGGGAGCCUCAGGUACAGUUUACACRGCAAUAGAUGUAGCUACAGGACAGGAGGUUGCAAUCAAACAGAUGAAUUUGCAGCAGCAGCCCAAAAAAGAACUGAUUAUUAAUGAAAUCCUUGUGAUGAGGGAAAACAAAAACUCCAACAUUGUCAACUACUUGGACAGUUACCUUGUAGGAGAAGAGCUCUGGGUGGUGAUGGAGUACUUGGCAGGAGGCUCCCURACAGAUGUCGUGACGGAGACCUGCAUGGACGAGGGACAAAUUGCCGCUGUGUGCCGGGAGUGYCUCCAAGCCCUGGAAUUCCUCCAUUCAAACCAAGUUAUUCACAGAGACAUCAAGAGUGACAACAUCCUGCUGGGAAUGGAUGGCUCUGUCAAAUUAACUGACUUUGGCUUCUGUGCCCAGAUCACUCCUGAGCAGAGCAAGCGCAGCACCAUGGUGGGCACCCCGUACUGGAUGGCGCCUGAAGUGGUGACACGGAAAGCCUAUGGGCCCAAAGUGGAUAUCUGGUCACUGGGGAUCAUGGCCAUCGAGAUGAUCGAAGGAGAGCCCCCCUACCUCAAUGAGAACCCUCUGAGAGCCCUAUAUCUCAUUGCUACUAAUGGGACUCCAGAACUGCAGAAUCCAGAAAAGCUUUCUCCCAUAUUCCGAGACUUCUUGAAUCGCUGUCUUGAAAUGGAUGUGGAAAAGAGGGGUUCUGCAAAAGAGCUGCUACAGCACCAGUUCCUGAAAAUUGCRAAGCCUCUAUCCAGUCUCACUCCUCUGAUUAUUGCAGCUAAAGAGGCAGCCAAGAACAACCAUUAAAAUGGYGAAGUCAACACAGUCAUCGUGUCAAGACUUUUAGAAGUUGGUUUCAGAGACUGAAUUACUUGCCCCUCUCCCCUUCUGCUCCUUCYUCACAGGGGUGCUCUUAGGACUUUGACUUGCCCUGAAGGGUGGCAGAGGCAUCGUUCACUGUGUGUGAAAGGUCACACAACCAGGACAUGGCUGAUCUUGCAUGGUGAACUGUCCUUCCAUCCUUGUGAUGGGGACAAGAGGGGCAAGAAAAUUUUGUCGGGUUGAGAAGAUCUUUCUGAGAGUGUCUGAACUGACCUACACUUAGUGAAGCCAGUUUGUUUUCGUAUUUCUUACGGUGUUUAUUUUUAAAAAUAAUGUGGAGCCUUAGACCAUGUUUAUCUUAAUAAAUUAAAUCUUUUGCUGGCUGCACUUUGCCUGCUUCUGCCAAGCUGCUGUUACACCAGGGAGACUGCUCUGUGCUUUGGAUGACUGGAGCAGGGAAGGAGGCAGGCAGCAGCAAUGUGAACAGCUGUCAGCUGGGAGAGGAAACAAGGGUGAGAAGGUGUGUUCCUCCUGCAGCACUGCUGGAUGCUUCGAGGAAGUGUGGACAAAGCCUCUGUGUGCUUCCUGCAGCCACUGGAGAACUUAAUUCAUGGAUGACCUCCUUGCCAAAUUGUGUGAACUGCCCCCUGCUCCCCCCUCCCCUUCCCCCUUUAGUGGCAACUCUACUAGUUAAACAAAUCUCAAAUAUUUUUUUGUUGUUCUAGGAAAUAAAUCACGGGGAAAAAAAUGACAGCUCUUUUAGGGUUAUUUUAUCAGCGCUGUGAGGCUUUUUAGMGACACUGCCCUGUGUAAUAAAGCAAACAGAGCAACUGCUAUUCUAAAGACAAGAUUUGCCUGCAAAAUAUGUUGAAAAAACUSUUGUUUCUUAGAGCAAGUCCAAUGGAAAACAAACUGAUCAUGGAUGCUGCUUUGUCCUUGGAGAUGUGGGGACGUGAAUUCUUUGAAAUGAUGGUUUCUUUAUGCUACUGAUUCCUUGGGUUGACUACAGGCUAUAAAACAGCAGGAAACCUGGAACUGCUAGAAGAAGGAGUGGUUGUAAACACUGGGCUUAUGUUCAACUGUAUACUGAUUUUUAAUAAAGUGACUGCUGUGUUUCUUAACUUGGGGCUAGAGAAGAACUGGAAAAUUCUCUGUCACCAGACAAGUUCUGUCAUUGCUCGUGUGGUCACCGGGUACCUGAACAUGUUGGAUGGAGUAAUCUUGUUUCUUACCCCUUCUUUGGGGGUCCUUUGGGACAGCAAGUGACUCCCAAAGGUGUAACUUUACACACAGAGAAAAUGGAYAUAAACAGAGUGUAUUGUAACUGUGGGAGCUGCUUUCUCUGUACUGCUUUGGUCACGUAUGGGGUGAGUUUAAACCUGCUUUGGAGUAACCUCUCAUCUCUCUGUGGGACAGAAAUUCAUUCCUUCUUGCUGAGACCUGCUGCUGGUUCAGCCCUUCCCUCCCUGCACCUGGGCUUUAAUUAAAUUUAUUUUUCUUAUUGGCUCCAUAGUCCAUGACAGCUCUUACAUCAGCUUUACCRGGUGUAGGUAAUUUGUGAGUUCUUUUGCUUCUGAGUGGUCUUCUCCCAUUCUUUGUACUCUGGGGUGGUCACUGUUUGACACAARGCUGAGGGGUGAAGUCCAUUGCCCGAAUUUGCAGCCUCUCUGUGUGUGUAUAUUUUAUCUCCUGUACUAUUAGUUUCCUCUCACAAAGUUUAUAUCCAAGGAUGCAUUUUCUGCAGAGCUGCCAGCCUGGAAAGGGAUGUGAUCUGUUGAUGAGCUCAUGUACUUCGAUCUGAGGUGGAGAUUAUGGAAUGGAAGACCACUACGCUUGAAUAAUUCCCUUUGAAAAAGGCUUUGUAUUCCCUCUGGAAGACACGGGAUGGCACACGUGGGAAGGAAAGAUUUAGUGGCUAGAUCUCUCUUGAUCUAAAAUCUCAUUUGACUGGCAGAUUUGGCAAUUGACUCUUUUUCUGACAUCACAGGGCUUCAUUUGGUCCACAGUGUGUUUAGUGUUUGUGACUCCUUUAAUUCCCCGCCCCACCCCAUUCACUGCAUCUCAUUGGGAUGAGGAUCUUAAUGCAGAUGUGCCCCAUCUACGAGCAUGCAGGGGAGUUUGUUUUCCUGCAGCAAGAUGUCUGCCAAACCUCCCCAAAGAAGAUUGAAAGGGUUAUUUAUAUGUGUUUUAAGUUGCUCUUCUGGAUCCUCUAUUCCAUAAUGGAAAGGGAUCAACAGCAGCUGUUUAUCCCUGCUCUUACAGUGCUUCUGUCUCGUCAGCUUCCACAUUUUCUCCCUCCUGCCUGAUUUCUGUUGGCUGCUGGACAGGGUUGUUGCCACAGUCCUUUCCUUCUGCAGGGAGAAGCUGCAGGAGUGUGACCAUGCUUGUGUCAUCCUGUCCCAGGCUGUUUUGUCCCYGCUUGUGAUGGGUGGGUGGGAAGAGGAGGCGAUUGCUGCGCUGUGCCUGGACCUAGUUUCUGGUUACCAGACUACAUCACGGUUUUGUUUUCAGAAAAUCUUAAAAAAAUUUGUAAUUAGCUUAAUCUUAGGAGAAUGGGUUURUUUUGUCCUAGUCGUUCUGAAAUGCAUCCUUCCCUCCCCUCUCCUCUGAUGUGUGAGUCACCUGGCACCAACACCUCUGUUGGCUUUUGAAGAGCCCCAUACAGCACCUUCCUGUCUACAGAGGGCUCUUAAACGGUGACUUUCUGACUUCAAAUUUAACCUUCAGGGCUAAUUUUUCUGAGAAUAUCUUGUCCCUGCUGUUACUUGAAAGUAACUCCAACUGGACAGCUUCUUUGGUGCCUUUUUUCCCCUAACUUUCUCUUAUUAGCUGAUUUGCCUGAGUUGAAACCAUUUUUAAUCACAGCCCUAAAUUAUUUAUUUGCCGGCUAAUAUUAAAGUUCUCUCUUCUAUAUUAGAACAUUAAAUAUUCAAUUGUUUUGACUGUCCUUUCAGAAAAUUGGUUCCCUUUUUGAGGGAUCUCAAGCAGUCUUAUACCAGAAAUAAUUUCAUGUCCUACAGUUUACAGAGGACUUGGUGGACAGAGACACUAACUCAUCUUCUUUUCUUAAACACAGAGAUUGUCUUAUUUGAGUAUCGGUAGCUUCAAUAAGAGUUUUCCUGUUUUUCAAGAACAGACAUUGAUUUGUAUUACUUUAGCUAUUAGGAUUUUUUCGGGUUUAGAGUUUUUUUUUAACAAGCAAUUUGGCUCGGGUCCAAUAGUUUGUGUGUGAGAGGGAUAUGGAGACCGCAUGGGAAGAAGGCAGGUUAUUUGGACAACACUCAGCCACAUGGUGUGAUUCUUGGAGCUGCCGUGUGCAGAGCCAGGAGCUGGACACGAUGAUCCUYGUGGAUCCCUUCUAACUCAGGAUAUUCUGUGAGGCUGAGAGUGAAGAGCCAGGACAGGGAUGGAGGGCACAGCAGAACUGGCUGGUGGCAGCAGGAGCAGCACACCUUUAGCCAUCCCUGAAAUGUCAUCGCUGAAUGUUUUUAAAGAACAAAARUUUGACUGAUUAGUUGCUCCAGGCUCUUCUCUUGGCAGGCAUUAUGCUCCUACCAAACUGCAUUCCCCUUUCAAACAAAAGGGGUGCAGAGAUUUCUCCAGCAAAGGAGGCUCCUUGAGAAAGGAGGUUUCCAUGGAGACACUUACUUGACUUAAACGAUCUGGCUAAGACUUGAGAAGAGGUUUGAUGGGUAGACACCACAUCGACACAAAAGCCACUGUUUUGCAAAGUAGCUGGGGUUGCUGCGGUGUUUUGUUGGCAGCUUGAUGCCCCUUUUCAAGGGGUUGGCUUUGAAAAAGUGCCGAGAAUGUUGCCUGGUCAGGAAUGUGAGGUGUGGAAAAGUCUGGCUGUUCUUAGCUUAGCUGAGAUGUCUGUUCAUAUCCUAAUCCAUCUGUCCCUCGAAUUGCCUCAGGUCAGUGUAAGUAGGGCACAUUUGCAGCAGAGUACUGUGCGAGAGAGGAUUGCAGUGGUCUGUAGUAGGUGCUUGCUUCCUUGGAACCCACCCUUCUAGGCUGACAGCAAAAUUGAUUCUGACCAGUUUCCAAGAAUAAUACUUGUUUGAAACCCAUUCCUAAUUAAGAGCUUGCCUAGUCCAUUUGUCUGGUGAAUGACAACAUCUUCAAUGUUAAAAUUGUUAAAGAUGAACUGAUUAUCUGCUCGUCUUUCCUCCAUUAAACAGUAAGACUUUAAUGGCUUCUUAUUUCAGCUGUAAUAGAGAGCCUGUAGAUGUAUUUUGGGGUGUUGAGCCCGACUGGAUGGAGCAUAUGUGUAACAAAUGCUGUAGGAUCUCAUAAUUUGUUGCUAAUGACAACUCACAGUGGCAAAGGUGGGAUCCUGGAGAAGCAGCUGCCAGCUUUGACAGGGAAUGGCCAACAAAAAUUGCAAUGCAGAUGGGAGCUGGACAGAAACUUGCUGCCAGAGUGGAGCCUACAGGGAGUGGUGGGRAAGAGACAGAGUUGGUCAAAGGGGUAGGAUGAAGCAAAAGUUAAAACUUCAAUUACACAACUGCUGAGGAAAUUCAGGGAGCGCCACAGUAGCCUGGUGCAUCUCAAGGUAGCAGUGUCUCUGAAGGAGGAGAGCAGAGACAAGCCUUGGAAAGGAGAAGUGCUGAAAGUGGAGACAGGAGCAGCAAUAUGGCUCUGAGUCACAGCCUGUGCUARGAGCUGGAGUUAAUCCAGGAGGUUCACAAAAAAAUGACAAAAUUCAGCUYAAGAGGAAAAGUGGAGCUAGAACAGAGGAGAUGGCCUUGAUGUGCCAAGGAACUAAGAGAGAAGCCAGAUUUCCUUCAAGUGUGAAACAGCAGAAACGAAUUUAUCACAGGCUUCUGUGGAUGGCAAGCAGCUCAUUCCCUCCUGCCUUGCAGCAUCGGUGCCGUGUCUGUUUGUGAUUAGYUCUGCUUUGGGAUCAUGGGGUCAGCAGCCACCAUGCUUUGGGGCUCAUGUUUGUAAAGAAGGCUUUUUGCUCUGCACCUACUGAUUUCUGACUGCUGCUGUCCUCUGUUGGUGGAUGUCUUUGUGUCUUGUCCCACCUGGAAAUACAGAGGCUGUGGCAGUUUUAAAACCUGCUGGAUAAUGUAUUUCUCUCUGUGCUGUCUUGACAUAACUCUCCUGUACUGUACUGCUGGGUUUGUUUAAUGUGCCAGGUCAGCUCAGCCAUUUUAAAAAUAAAAUUGAAACCUGAAAUAAA